AUGGCCGCUGGAAGGGCAUUGGCAGCAGCUGGCUGCUCUCAUUGCCGCACCUCUGUCUUGAGGCUCUUCUUGAGCUCGUCGAAGCCAUCUCCACUCGCCAGAUCUCAGCACACGCUCUUGUGGUCUCCCGUCGCGACCACGCGCCACCUUCUUCGCAGCUACUCCUCAGCCUCGAGUUCAGGCCAUGUGACUGGUAGCCACGUUACUCCUUCCCCCGAAUCUCCAGAGACAGCCCGACAGGCCGCGCAAGACGGGUCUGCAUCCGACAUCGAAACCUUGGAAAGCGCCGCAGCGGAGCCCGCCCCGGCGGGUGUGCCAUGGUAUCUUCAGGUCGAGCCGCCCAGGCAUGCUCCCUUCGCUGAACCACCGCCGCUGCCUGAGCUGCCGUCCGGUUCGCCGCCCAUCCUGUCCGCCGUAUUGGAGUAUGCAGCCGAAGAGAUGGGCCUCGAUGACCUCUCUCUCCUUGACCUACGCGAGAUGGAUCCUCCUCCGGCGUUAGGGCCCAAUCUCUUCAUGCUGUUUGGAACGGCACGCAGCGAGCGCCAUCUGAACGUGUCCGCCGGCCGCUUGGUAAGGUGGUUGCGAGCCAAGCACCAUGUGCACGCUGAUGCCGACGGACUUCUCGGCCCGAAUGAGCGCAAGACGAAGCUGCGCCGAAAGGCAAAACGGGCUAAGCUCCUGGGGACCAUGGGCACUGACGAUGCCGACGAUGGUAUAUCCACUGGCUGGAUCUGUGUCAACCUGGGCACUAUCAACCGCUCCCAUACAGAAUCUGCUGUCCUCAGCGAAGAUGGCCGAGUUGCGGGUUUCGGCGUCCCACAGACCGGUUCAACUAUAGUUGUGCAAGUCAUGACGGAGGAACGAAGGACGGAGCUCGGCUUGGAAACCCUCUGGCAGCGGGCGCUUGGCCGUCCGUCUGAGGAACGGGCCGUCACUUCUACGGAAACUAAGAAAGCUGCGGAUUCGCAUCCUUUGGAGAAGGCUAUCCUGUCCAAGUCGCCAACGCGGCCUACCCCUGGGCAUCAGGCGUCAGACAGCUCCGCGUUUUCUGGCCAGACCAGGUCCAUGUCGACUACACCUAUCAGAGACGGCCCCAAACCCGGCGAAGCCAAUCCGACCGACCCGUUACUGUCCGACCUCUCUGUUCUCCAGGAACAGCUCCUACAUGAUGGCCCCACGAAGCUACGCGUUCUGGAUCUUCUUCGAAGCUACCUACAAGAUGUGCAAGAAGACCAACUCUCGGCAACGCUUGAAUCUGCGGCCUUUCAGAAAUUAUCCAGGUUAGCGAUGGAAAACCUGCCUGCUGAACGGACGUGGUCCCUGCGGCUCGCUAUGGCGUCCAAGACGCGGGGAACUAUGCAUGGCUCCCCUACGCUGCUCACUAUGCAGCAACUCAUCCGGGACCUUCAGUUGUUCGCUAUUCCGGCCAGUCGGGGUGAGAUACUUGAGCUUCUGAGUUGCAUCUACUCAGCUUCAGCGGAGCUAAUGGAUCGGACACAGGUUGCAACUGAAGUGUUGGAUAUGCUGCACACCCGUGGCCAGCCUGUCCUUAGCAAUGAUGUCAUUGUGUCCAUCAUGGACGGGUUGUCAUGGUUUGGAAGGCCCGAUGACCAGUCCCUCAACCUCCAAAGAAGGUUGGAAGGGUUGAUGGUGCAAACUAAGCAGCCGUACAUGGGGGAACGCUUGCUGAUCAGUCUCAUGGACGCAUACGCGCGAAUGCAUCGAUGGGAGCAGUUCUGGGAAGCCUGGCGCAUACCUCCACGCUUCGCCCAGCCGCGGUCUGAGGCUAUGUACAUUCACGUCUACCAGUUGAUGGCUGCUACAGACGACCCAAAACGCCGGGCAUUGUGUGCCGACACGGUGCGUCGAUGCUUCCAGGAGAUGAUCAUUGAAAACCCACCGAUUGAACCUGCCGGACGGGUGCUCGAGUCACUGCUUGGGUGCAUUCGAGUGGUAGAUCCCCGAGCCGAGGACCAUGCAGAUACCAUUCCAGCCAGCGCUCCAGGCUUCGCAAGGUCGCUUGGCAAUCGCGAAUUCGUAAGGCUUGUCAAAGACAUCAAGCUUUUGCAGCGGCACCGCCACGGGUCCCGAGGACUGGACGCCUAG